GAUGGCAUCCAAAAAGUGCGCCGUUGGCACGGCCGUAGGCCUGGCCGGCGUUGUGGCGGGAAGCGCCUUCAUCGUAGGAGCUGGUAGCCAGCCAAAAGGCGCACUUCGCGCCACUGCAAAGGCCCAGCAUCAGGCCCGGCCUGCUCCCUCCAGCGCACCUCUGACUGCCGCUUCUCUGGUCGCGACCUCCGCGGCUGCAGUCUGCGCCGCCAGCAGCGGCCGAAAGGUGGUCGCCAAAGCCAGCGUCACCGCGCUUAGAGCCUUCGAGACCGAGCUGGGAGUUCAGCCUCCAGUCGGCUUUUGGGACCCUCUUGGCCUCGCUAGGGAUGGCGAUGUGGAGGCUUUCCAGCGACGGCGCUCCGUGGAGCUUAAGCACGGGCGAAUUGCCAUGCUUGCUACCAUGGGAUACAUUACUCCAGAGAUUGCCGGAAAGUGGCCAGGUUACCUGGAUCCCGCUAGCGGCCUCAAGUUCGCAGACAUCCCAAAUGGCUUGGCAGCCAUCUCGAAGGUUCCUGCAGGUGGCUGGACUCAAAUCCUCUUCUGGAUGGCCUGGUGCGAGGUCAGCCGCGGAGCAGGCUCCGACAUUGCUAGCGGACGACCUGGCGACUUUGGCUGGUACGUCCUCACCUCUGCUGACCCGGAGGCGAAGAAGAAAAAGCUGAACGCAGAGCUUGCAAACGGCCGCCUGGCCAUGAUGGCCAUCAUCGGCAUGUUCUACCAGGAUGGUCUGACAGGCUCCGCAUGGGGCGACUGGGCCAACUAUACGGAGUCGCCUCUUCGAGCUUUUGAGACCGAGACAGGUGUUCAGCCCCCUGUGGGCUACUGGGAUCCCCUUGGCCUGGCCUCUAGUGGCAACCUUGCGGACUUCCAGCGCCGGCGCGAGGUUGAGCUGAAGCACGGCCGCGUGGCAAUGUUUGCGACAAUUGGGUAUAUUCUCCCGGAGUACUGGCGCUUCCCGGGAUACCUGUCCAAGUAUUUGGACAUCAAGUUCGCAGACAUGCCCAACGGUCUUAGCGCCAUCAGCAAAGUCCCCGCUUUUGGCUGGCUCCAGAUUGUUGGCUUCGCUGGCAUCGUGGAGGUGAACAUCUACAACGAGCAGGUCGACAAUGAGCCUGGUAACUAUGGAGCCGGUUUCCUGGGACUUCGGUCCAUCGGAAUCAUGAACACCGGCAUUACCGAUCCUGAGGUCCGCAAAAAGAAGCUUAAUGCCGAGUUGGCCAACGGAAGGCUGGCGAUGUUUGCAAUCAUCGGUAUGUUCUUCCAGGAUGGACUGACUGGCUCUGCCUGGGGUGAUUGGUCACUGUAUAGUGCUUCGCCACUCCGCGCCUUCGAGAACGAGUUGGGUGUGCAGGCCCCUGUGGGCUUCUGGGACCCGCUCGGACUUUCGUCCGACGGCGAUGCGGCCGUGUUCGCACGCCGGCGUGAGGUCGAGCUCAAGCACGGGCGUAUCUCAAUGUUCGCCACCAUAGGAUAUAUCGUCCCGGAGUACUUCCGAUGGCCUGGCGAUCUCUCCCCAAAGCUGGGUUUGAAGUUCACUGAUAUCCCCAACGGCUUGGCGGCCCUGACCAAGGUGCCAGGUCAGGGUUGGGGACAGAUUGUGGCCUUCCUGGGAACCUACGAGCUCUUCAUCAACAAGCCAGUUGGCGGAGAGCCCGGCAACUACGGCAAGGGCAACCUGGGCCUGGGCUUCCUGGGUCCCGUGGCAAACCCCGAGGCGCGAAGCCGAAAACUGUCGGCGGAAUUGGCAAACGGCCGUUUGGCCAUGAUGGCCAUCAUUGGUAUGCUGUUCCAGGAUGGAUUGACAGGCUCCGCGUGGGGGGACUGGGCACUGUAUACGGACUCUCCCCUUCGCAGUGGACUGAUGAGCCCUGGCUACAACACUCUGCCCGAGUGGGAGAAGCCCAACACGGGCUUCCAAGGCCUCACUGGUGACCAGGCGCCUCUGGGUUUCUGGGACCCGCUCGGAUUCUCGAAGGACCUUGACGUCGAGGUCUUCAAGCGCCGCCGCGAGACCGAGAUCAAGCAUGGGCGCGUGUCCAUGUUUGCCUGCAUGGGAUAUAUCGCGCCAGAGUACUACAAGUUCGAUGGCUUCCUGUCCCCAUCCAACAACUUGAAGUUCUCCGACGUGCCCAACGGCCUUAAGGCGCUUUCCGUUGUGCCCAAGGAGGGCUGGGCGCAGAUCUUGGCCUUCGCCGGCUUCCUGGAGCUCGUGGUGAACAAGAAGACCUCCGAGCCGGGCAACUAUGGCAAAGGCAGCCUCGGCCUGGGAUACCUGGGCUUCGGUGCCUCCAUCCAGGACCCCGCCUUGCGCACUAAAAAACUCAACGCAGAGCUCGCCAACGGCCGCCUCGCCAUGAUGGCCAUUAUUGGCAUGUUCUUCCAAGAUGGACUCACAGGUUCGGCAUGGGGUGAUUGGGCAAACUACACCGACUCGCCUCUCCGUGCGUUUGAAGGAGAACUGGGCGUGCAGGCCCCGGUGGGCUUCUGGGACCCCCUGGGUCUUUCCGCGGAUGGCGACACCGCGGUCUUCAAGCGCCGCCGCGAGGUCGAGUUGAAGCACGGAAGGAUCUCUAUGUACGCCACCAUCGGCUACAUCGUCCCGGAGUACUUCCGUUGGCCCGGUGACCUCUCCCCGAAGUUCGGCCUGAAGUUCACUGACAUCCCCAACGGCCUUGCUGCGCUGACCAAGGUUCCUGGCCAGGGAUGGGCUCAGAUUGUUGCUUUCCUGGGAUGCUACGAGCUGUUUGUCAACAAGCCCGUGGGUGAUGAGCCCGGCAAUUACGGCAAGGGCAACCUGGGCCUGGGCUUCCUGGGCCCCGUGGCAAACCCCGAGGCACGAAGCAAGAAGCUGUCGGCAGAGUUGGCGAAUGGGCGCUUGGCUAUGAUGGCUAUCAUCGGAAUGUUCUUCCAAGAUGGACUCACAGGCUCGGCGUGGGGUGACUGGGCGAAUUACACCGACUCGCCUCUCCGUGCGUUUGAAGGAGAGCUAGGUGUGCAAGCUCCCGUGGGCUUCUGGGAUCCCCUCGGCCUGUCUGCAGAUGGCGACGCGGACACCUUCAAGCGACGAAGAGCUGUCGAGCUGAAGCACGGUCGCAUCUGCAUGCUGGCUUGCGUGGGAUAUAUCAUCCCGGAGUACUUCAGAUGGCCAGGCUUCCUGUCCCCCGAGAAGGGCAUCAAGUUCUCUGAGGUCCCGCACGGCAUCGCCGCCAUCUCCAAGGUUCCUCUUGAGGGCUGGCUGCAGAUCGUGCUGUUCAUCGGCCACUAUGAGGGCUACUUCUGGCGCCAGGAUUCCAAGCGCGCCCCAGGCGACUACGAAGGCUAUGGCUUCCUAGGAGUCGGAAAGAAUUUUAUUUUCAACUUUGACCCCAUCGAGUUCCAGGAUCCGGAGGUCAAGAAGACCAAGCUGUCUGCAGAGCUGGCGAAUGGACGACUGGCAAUGGUCGCCUUGAUGGCUAUGCUCUUCCAGAACGGCACU